GGGUUUUUGACAGUAGUCAACGUGUAUAAAACCGAGCGGGGAACAAUCGCGGCCGAUGUAUCGGAGGAAUAUUCGUUAUAAAAGUAAGUGAGUGAAUUAAAAUCGCCGCGCGCUAUUCGGUUAUCGAGCAACGGAGAUACGGCGGUAAACGUACGCGGAUUAUCGAAUCAAUCGUGAAGAAAACAAAAGGAAAAAUGAAUACUUCAGUAUCCUUGAUACUUACCAUACUUCUUGCAUUUAUGUAUGCUGUUACAGCAUUGAGAGAAGGUGAUUGUGAAGUAUGCGUCGCAGUUGUGGACAAAUUUAGUCAGACAUUAACACCAAAUAUCAAAAAUGACCCUAAGAAGAUCGAGGCAAAGUUUCGGGAAUACUGUAAAAGCACAAAAUCAAAAGAAAAUAGAUUUUGUUACUAUUUAGGUGGAUUGGAAGAAUCUGCCACAGGUAUUUUAGGUGAACUCAGCAAACCAAUAUCAUGGUCUAUGCCUGCCGACAAGAUAUGUGAAAAGUUGAAGAAAAAGGACGCUCAAAUAUGUGAUUUACGAUUUGAGAAACAAAUCGAUCUCAAUACGGUAAAUCUGAAGAAAUUAAAGGUGCGCGACUUAAAGAAGAUCUUGAAUGACUGGGAGGAAACAUGUGAAGGUUGCAUAGAAAAGACGGACUUUAUUAAACGUAUCGAGGAGCUCAAACCCAAGUAUUCUAGUAGUAGCUCAAAAACGGAACUUUGAAGGACUGUCUUCGACUUAGACAAGCAAUUGCGUUAGUACGGCUAAAAUUUCGGUCUCUUCAAUUCGCAGAAGAAUUGUUUGUAACAUUUAGAAUAUGUAUUUACUCUGUCUACGUAUGUCUUGUAUAGCUUCGUUCGGUAUAAAUUUGUUUUUUAGUGACAGCCCCUUAAAAUAAGAUAUAUUUAGGUUCUAUCAAAUGGAGUAGCAAUAUUACAAGUGUUACUAUACUAGAAAUUAGGAAAUGAAGCGAGAAAAAAACGAUGAACAAUGAAUGUUUCGCGCGUCGCAUACGUUUCUAUAUUCCAAUAAUUUCGGGAAACGCAUAUAUAUAUAUCGGCAAUUUGAUUUUUCCCAGGUGCAGUCAUGAUAAUAAGGUAUCUAUUUUAUCGAAGGUGCUCCAUUUUAUGACACAAACGUUAGAUGUAAAUUAAUAUAUAUACAAUGUUUAUACGAAAAAUUAUUUUCACACGUAUUUAUCUUCAUUGCUCUUCCUCAUACGUAGUGUAGUAAUAUGCAAUACAUUUGUACAAUAUGUCCGAAUGAUAUUUAUACCAAAACGCAGUGUGUACUACGUGUCGAAUGAUACGUGCAAAAUAUACCUUAGCCAACUGUGCUAUGCGUUACUGUA